AUGGCGGGAUAUGAGAAAGGUUCAGGUUCACUUCAGCUUCCCAAAGACUCACCGGAAAACGACCACAAAGCAGAAUCCGACACGGCGGGCACUACCAGUUCUGGUGGCACGCCCAACACCAACCGUCGUCCUCGCGGCCGGCCUCCUGGUUCCAAGAACAAGUCCAAGCCUCCAAUAAUUGUCACACGAGACAGCCCAAAUGCUCUACGAGCUCAUGUUCUCGAAGUUUCAGCUGGAAACGAUAUAGUGGAGAAUUUGGCCGUUUAUGCACGGCGGAGGGGAAGGGGAGUUUGUGUUCUAAGUGGUAGUGGCACUGUUGAAGAUGUGACGCUCCGUCAACCCGCCGCCGCUCCUGGCGGCAGUGUGGUCACACUGCACGGACGAUUCGAGAUACUUUUGUUAUCCGGGACGGUGCUUCCGCCACCUGCGCCGCCGAGGGCAGGUGGGCUGUCGAUAUUCUUGUCCGGCGGGCAGGGGCAAGUGGUUGGUGGUAGCGUGGUGGGGCCUCUAAUGGCUUCCGGCCCUGUAGUGUUAAUGGCUACUUCAUUUGCAAAUGCGGUUUUUGAACGCUUGCCAUUGGAGGAAGAGGAGGGUAUUGCUGCUCAGGUUCAACCAACGGCAUCGCAAUCUUCGGGUAUCACCGCCGGUGGCGGUGGCCGGAAUGGCACUGAGGGUGGCGAUAACGGCGGUAGUGCAGGUUUAUUGCCUCCAAAUUAUCCAUUUCCAGCUGAUUUGCAAGUGUGGGGUGGAAGACCUUCAGUUUAA